AUGUCACCCGAGUCUAACAGCGAAGGAUCUCUCGAUCCCCACAGAGUUGUGAAGAGGCUCAACACUGCGCAAAUCACAUAUUUCCCAGCGACCAACUCAACGGGUACCGGAGUUCUCGUGUGUCCCGGUGGCGCAUAUGCCUACGUUUCCAUUUCAAAUGAGGGAUACACUCCCGCCGAGUUCCUGAACAAAAUAGGGAUCGAUGCUUGGGUCCUCGACUACACCACAGUCUCGAAUGCAAGCGCGCCCCUCUACCCAACCCCUCAGAACGAGGCACUGGAGGCCCUGGAGUACAUCAGAGGACAGAACCGAACCACCAAGCUUGGUAUCUGGGGCUUCUCGGCAGGCGGCCACCUCUCCGCCGUGACGCUCACAAACCCGGCGGCCCGUCUCGACUUUGGCAUCCUCGCGUACCCCGUCAUCACUCUCGAAGGGAACUACACGCACAUAGGCUCGCGCGACAACCUCAUUGGUGCUGAUGCGAGCGCAGAGUUGCAACACCAGCUGUCGGCACAGAACCUGGUCUCUGCGACUACGCCGCCAACUUUUCUGUUCCACACGCUCAACGAUGCCACCGUUCCUGUGCAGAACACGCUCCUCUUUGUCGAGGCCAUGGCAUCCUACAAGCGGCCCACGCAAGUGCUGAUUCUUCCGGACGGACCGCAUGCGCUCGGCUUGGCUCUCGAUGAUCCCAAGCGCAACUGGACAGCCGAGCUGGCGCGGUUUCUGCAAUAUUCAAUCUAG